AUGAGUUUUUUUUUCCCCAAAGGAUGCAGCACGUUUAAGUGGUACAAGAGAAGUAACUUCUUCAAUCAGGGCUAUUACGAAAGGACACUAGCUGUGUUGUUGAGCAGCAGCGUCGUGUAUUACUGCACGUUCAGGGAUGAGGAAAAGAGAAGAGAGUUCAAAUUACACGUAAAAAAUGUAAAGAGGGAUUUAAGUACAUUCCUCCUAGGGGGGCAAACCAACAGUAGUGGAAAUGAAACAUUAUUUAGGAGUAAAAAUGUAUCCUUCUGCGAUACGAAUAAGAAGGGAUUCCGUCACCCUUUGUGGAGAUCAGAAGAGAAGAGACCCAUUGAAAAGAUGGAAAACGCCAUUCUUUUUAGUGGUUCUUCCAAUCCUUUGUUGAGUAAAAAUAUAGCAGACCAUUUGGGUACUAUCCUAGGGAGAGUACACCUGAAGAGAUUCGCAGACGGGGAAGUCUCUAUGCAGUUUCUGGAGAGCAUCCGUGGGAAGGACGUCUACAUCAUACAGCCAACGUGUCCACCAGUGAAUGAAAAUCUGAUCGAGCUGUUACUUAUGAUUUCCACGUGUAGGAGAGCGUCUGCAAAAAAGAUCACGGCGGUUAUUCCUUACUAUGGUUAUGCAAGACAAGACAGGAAACUAAGUUCCAGGGUACCAAUUUCAGCAGCAGAUGUGGCAAGGAUGAUUGAAGCCAUGGGGGUAGAUCGUGUUGUUGCAAUUGAUUUGCACUCGGGGCAAAUACAAGGAUUCUUUGGGCCAAGGGUACCAGUAGAUAACCUGGAAGCGCAACUAAUAGGGUUGGAUUACUUCACAAAGAAGGAUUUGUACAAACCCGUUAUUGUUUCUCCUGACGCGGGAGGAGUAUAUCGAGCAAGGAAGUUUCAAGACGGACUAAACCAUAGAGGGAUAAGUGAAUGUGGAAUAGCUAUGCUAAUAAAACAAAGGACCAAGCCAAAUGAAAUUGAAAAAAUGGACUUGGUUGGAAAUGUAUACGAUUCGGAUGUGAUCAUAGUAGAUGAUAUGAUUGAUACAUCUGGAACUUUAUGUGAAGCUGCUAAGCAACUGAAGAAGCAUGGCGCGAGAAGAGUAUUCGCUUUCGCUACACAUGGACUUUUUUCCGGACCUGCUAUUGAGCGAAUUGAAAACUCCCCCCUGGAGGAAGUCGUUGUGACGGAUACUGUAAAAUCGAACAAAAACAUCGACAGCUGUAAGAAGAUUACAAAGUUGAGUGUCUCUGUACUCGUGGCCGAUGCGAUUAGACGUAUCCACCAGAAGGAGUCCCUAAACGAUCUUUUCAACAUGAAGGGGUAG